AUGACACCCGGCUUGGUUGAUCGGGGCUUCACGGCCAAGAGGGGCCGAGGGCGUUUCCUUCUAAAAUCAUCUGGGCCUGGGCGGUCAACAGUCAAGAGUCAGCUUCCAGCAAAACCUGGCGGGACCUCUCAGGGGAGACCCAGCACGGAAGCGAAAACACAUGGGACGGCAAGUCCCACGCCUAAACCAGAUCCCGGCCGACCUCGCAGCGAGUCCAUCGGCCAGGCUAGUUCCGUCAUUCUUGAAAACAACAAUGUGGAUGAUCCUCAAAAUCAUGCCUCAAAGCCAAAACCUAGCGCAGCGUCGAUAUCAGAUACAACUCAUGCCGAGCCCAAUGGAGACGUCACCAAGGUCGUGGAGGAUCCUUCAUCCGAUGGAAUGUCUUUUGGUGCCUCCGACCUUCACAAGCUGCCAACCGAGGCUAUUGAGAGUAUGAAAGACAAUACAGUGAAGCAGCCAUGUGUCCCCGAGCUGGCCAAGAAGAAUCCAGCUCCCGUUACGAACAUGGAGCCGGAGCCCAUCUUAAUACGAGACUCAGAGGCAGAAGCACCGACGAAUGAGCGAGUGCAUGUGUCUGCCCACAUUCGAGUAUCGGUGACAACUGAAGAAUUGCCGGAUAUCGGCAUGCCUGAUCUGCCUCAAGAGCUGAAGGCCCCAUCAGAACUGACCACACAGCAGGAAGUCGUUCCUGCUUCACAGAAACACAAUGCUGAAGGGAGAAAGGAGGAUCGCCCGUCCGGCCCUCCGCCCCGCAAAAAGAGGAAGCCGGACUCGCCGAUUCAACAAGAGGGCGUUAAGGUUACCGAUGUUGCUCCUCCGGAGUCGCCAUUGGCUCGUUCUAAAAUCCCAUCUCAACAGGCAAAUGAUGAAUCGUCGUCGAGUAGGACCCGCUCCCCGCCAGCCCAAUCAAUCGAUCUGAACGCUGAAGAUGACGACGAAGCCAACAUGGCUGAUGUAAGUGAGUCUUCGGACGACGACGAAGACCCCAAGCCGGCAGACACGGUCAUGCUACCCUUUAGAGCGAAGUAUGAAGCUCGUAGGAAGAAGAUGCUGGCUGCUUUUGACUCGGCUGCCUUCGAUGCGUGUAUCUAUCGACAGUCAGAUCUGCGUCCGCCUCCUGGUGUUGUCAUCCCAUCCCGCAAAACUCGAAAGGCGAAGGCUUCAAGCGAAGAACCCCGGCUCUUUCUGCCUGUGAACCCGGCCAUUCAUAGAAUGCACAACCGAUCAGAAGAUUGGUACAAGAAAAAGUGCCAAGAGAUCAAGCGCCGCCCUAGACGAAAAGCAUGGUUCGGUAAAGUGUUGGAGAGACAGAGAUGGCUAAAUGCGAGGGAGGCCAAGUUGGAUGAGGAAUGCGAACAGGCUCGGCUGGCAGGAAAAGAUCCACCGUUCAGACCUCCACAACCAAGAACACACAAGCGGAUUCUCGACUUUGGAGAUGUCCCCGAAGAAGAGCUGCCGGAGGAUGUGCGCAACAAUCCUGCGUGGUUGAAGGCAUGCGCCUGGCAUCGAGAGACGAUGAACAAAGCACUGCAACGCCAGCACCAAGUCAAUAAAACAACUGAAGAGACACAACGCUUCUUCAUGGAGGCUUUUAGCGAACUCCCCCUUUGA